AUGGAUCCUCUUGCAACUUCCUCAGUUUCCAGCAGGCUAUGGGUGCUCCAGUUCUUCAGAAACCUUUUUGGAAGCAGGCAGCAGGUUACCCAAGAGGGGCAGAGCCCACAAGCAGAUGCAGAAGAGAAAGAUGAUGUCAGAAGCGAACUCCUGGGUUGUCCCCUGCCUGAUAGUGACAUGAUGUUAUUAGGCAAGGAGAUGAGCACUGCCAAUACUUCUUCUCAUGAUAUCUUUGAGGGGGUGACGGAAAGCCACAGUGAAGAGCUAUCAUUGCUGAAGGAAAUGAGACUUGAAGACACCACCAUCCCUGGGGAUGAGAAGAAGCUUUCUGCAUUACUUAAAUCAACUGGGAUGGGGAUGGGAGACUCUGACGGCUCUGCUGAUUCCAUCAUUAGUAACUCGGAGCAGCACCCACGUGAAAAAAAUCAUGCCACAGGAAAGAAAAACAAAGAGUCAGGUGACAGAGGAAAAGAUGGAAUCUCCCAGGUCCUAAGCACAGAUGAUGAAGUUUCCAUGACUACAGGACCCAUGGCAGAGAUUAAGGACACUAGUACUGAAGAGGAAAAAGAACAUCUACUGAAAGAAGAUGUACGACUGGAACCUCCGAAAGCAGAGCUCUCUCCCUGGAACAGACUCAUCAGUAUGUACAAGCAACGCCGGAGGCUUCCUGCUUCUAAAGUGUCCCAUCUUCAGGAUAUUCCGGCUCAGCCAGUAAUUGAGGAUGAAGCCACAUUGGACCUUAUGAUAUAUGGCAUUGCAGCACCCAAGGCCCAUAUCACCCUCUCAAACUCCCCUGGGACUGUCUCUGCCUGUGACAGGCUUCCUGAUAAUAAGGUCAGAGAAGUGGACGGAGACUGUGAGACGGAACACAGAGACUCAGGACCAAAUGAUGAUGAAAGCCUUGAGCACCCUGAGAAUGCAUACUGAGAAAACACUGUUGGAAUCAACAUGACUCAACCAACUGUGCCGUUCCUUCCUUUGCUUACUGGAAGAUGGUCUGCUGUGAAUUCUUACAUGUAUCUACCUGACUCUUUCCAGCUGUU